AUCAUUGAUAAAAAUGUUGAAGAGCACCAGUCCCAAGAUAGACAGCACUCUUCACUGUCCUCUACCUGGACAUAGAGCUGUUCACCACAACCCUUUGGCUGUGACCCUAAUUUAGGUCUUAAAGGAAAAACUUCAAAUUAUUCUGAUUACUCAUUUUCUGAGUAAAACACAAAUACCUAGCAUCAGGGCACAUUUUAGCAUCAAAAUUCAAAUAAAGAGUCUAUGCAAUCUAAAUUCAUGGGAGCGUGGGAGCGCUGUCACCUUGCGAGGCGGUAGGGGAAAACCCCAGACUUGUCGUGGAGGUACUAGGGAGGGCUCCGAGGAGGAGGCAGUGAGGCCAAUAGCCAAGCUAAAGUACCUAUACACCAUGGGAAAUAAAUGCACGCAUGGGAAAUAAACUGGAGGAGUUAGAAACCGUGGUGCAAUUGGGAAAGUAUGACCUAAUUGCUAUCAUGGAAACAUGGUGGGACAAAUCCCACGAUUGGAAUACUCUGAUUGAGGGCUACAGGAUUUUCAGAAGGGAUAGACAGGGUAGGAGGGGUGGGGUAGUUGCCAUCUGUGUUAGGAAGUGGACAGAUUGCAAAGAGCUGUGUCUGAGUAACAGCCACGAUCAGGUUGAGAGCUUGUGGGUUAAAAUCAAGGAUCGGUCCAGUAAAGGACAUCUCGUGGUUGGGGUCUGGUACAGGCCACCUGAUCAGGGGGAGCCCGUUGAUGAGGCCUUCUUGCUUCAGAGACUAGCAAAUGUGACUCCCAUCUUCAAGAAGGGCCAGAAAGAUGAUCCUGGUAGCUACAGACCUAUCAGUCUCACCUCGGUGCCAGGGAAGGCUAUGGAAUGGAUAAUCUCAGGAUACAUUGUGGAUCAGUUAAAGGUCAACCAGGGGAUCAGGCCCAGUCAGCAUGGGUUUAUGAAUGGUAGAUCCUGUUUGACAAACCUGAUUUCAUUCUAUGACAAGGUGACCUGCCUAGUGGAUGAAGGCAAGGCUAUCGAUGUGGUCUACCUGGACUUCAGUAAGGCCUUUGACACUGUGCCCCACAGCAUCCUUGUGGAGAAGCCAGCUGCCCAUGGUUUGGACGGGCAUAUGCUCUGCUGGGUGAAACACUGGCUGGAU